AUGGCAACGAAGCGCGGGUCGGUCUCGUCGACCGCGCUCCUGCUGAGCCAGCACAGCGACAUCAUGUACGACGUCGGCACGUCCAUGAGCAACGGCAAGCGCCUCGCGCUGCGCUUUGACCCGAACGGCAACGCCACGUACGAAGAGGUCGCGCGCGCCGAUGUCCUCAAGCUCGUCCAAGCCGCCGCCAGCCCCGUGCUGCGCGACAGUGCGUCCGUCGACAUUCCGAACAUUCAUAUGCGGGACUUGCGCAAGCUGGACAACGUGUUUGCGGUCUCGAACGAGCCGUCGCUGACGCUGCGUCAGCAAGCCGUGCUCGUCAACGCCGACCCCGUGCGCGCCGUGAUCAUGCGCGAUAGCUGCCUCGUCUUCUUACCGGACGGCGCCGACAGCCUCGUGUCGCUGUUGAAGACUUGCUUUACGGACCAAAUUGUGUACUCGCAGAGCUUAUCGUUUGAAUUCGCCGCACUCGAGGCGAUCCUCCAGACUAUCUGCAAGGUGCUUACAAACGACGUCGAGAAGGUGCUACCGGUCGCCAAAAUCUCGGUCGACCGCAUGGCCCACGGCGAGCUCCCGAUGGACGACAUGGAAGCGCUGCGUUCGCUCAAGAACUCGAUGCACGAGCUCGAGACGCAGAUCAGCGGUAUGCGACGCAUGCUUAUGGAGAUUCUAGAGAACGACGAAGACUUGCACAUGCUGUAUCUGACCAAGAUCUUUUCGGAGCCGGCCGUGGCGUCGGACCUCCUCAGCUUUGACACGGAAGACGCCGAGUCGCUUCUGGAAGUCUACUUGCAGGACAUUUACGCAACCCAAACCCGCGUGUCGCUCAUGCUCAACAACAUUCAAAACACCGAGUCGAUGGUCAUGCUGCGACUGGACACGAAGCGAAACUACCUCUUGACGGUCGACUUGACGCUGACCCUGUGGACGACGAUGCUCACAAUCCCGACUUUUAUCGCCGGCGCAUUUGGCAUGAACCUCAACUCGACGGUAGACCAGACGCCGUACCUCUUUUGGAUCGUCUUUGGCGUCUGCCUCAUCCUUCCACUCGUUGGCGUCGGCGUUGUGCAGACGUACCUCCAGCGACGCGGCAUCAAUAUGAGCUGGAAGUCGGCAUAA